AUGAGCGCAUUAGAUCAAUAUGUUGAUCAUAUUCGGCGUUUGUCAAGUGACAAUAAAUAUCAAGACUUAGCUCAAUCACUAUUAGGAUCAAAUGUUUUUCAUAAAAAUAUUCAACAUAUUGAAACUAUACUGACAACAUUUGCAUUGCCUGAACAUACAUUAUGUGCUUUGGGUGCGUUGCAUACAAUUGCUCGUGCACCGAGCAUACCAGAUUUUGAUCGAUAUUUAACACAAAUGGAAACGUUUAUUCAGACAUGUUCACCCGAACAGGUACAAUAUCUUCCACAUUUUAUAUGCGAUAUAUGUCAUGUGAUAACUGAACGUUUACGAAGUCAAAAUAGAGCAAGAUCAGGUAUACCAUUUCUUUUUCAUGCAUUAGAAUUAGUUCGACGUGAACCUGGGCAAUUAUUAUCGAUUCAUAGUGAUUUGUAUCAAUUAUGUUUAUUAGCACAAUGGUUUGAACCCGCAUUACAUUAUUUAGAAACUGAUAUAAUUGAAAUCAAUCGUGAAAAUGGUCGAUUUGAUGUAAAAUAUCUUUUAUUGUAUUAUUAUUAUGGUGGUAUGAUUUAUGCUUGUGUUAAACAAUAUGAUCGUGCAAUGAAUUUUUUUGAAAAUGUUCUCACUAUACCAGCGAAUGUAACAAGUUUAAUUAUGAUUGAAGCCUAUAAAAAAUAUAUUCUCGUUAAAUUAAUAUUAAUUACAACUUUGUCUACGACAACAAAUGCAACAAGUAGUUCUCUAGCUGCUCUACCAUCGUAUACAAGUCGAUCAGUAGUACAAGCUAUUCGAAGUUUAUGUACAACAUAUACAGAAUUAGCAAAUUUAUUUAAUACUAAUGAUUUACAACACUAUCAAGAAUUUAUACAUCGACAUCAAGAACAAUUUCAACGUGAUAAAAAUUUGGGUCUUGUUAAGCAAACCAUUCAUUCAUUUAUACGUCAUAGUAUACAACAAUUAACAAAAACAUUUUUAACUGUAUCAUUGAAUGAUUUAGCACAACGUGUUAAAUUAAGAUCAGCACAAGAAGCAGAAAAAUAUUUAUUAGAUAUGAUUGAAAAUGGACAAAUAUUUGCAUCAAUCAAUAAAAAAGACGGUAUGGUUAUAUUUCAUGGUUGUCCAGAAAAAUUUGAUGCUAAUGCAAUGAUAUUAAAAUUACAAGAAGAAACAGAAAAAUGUAUGACGGCUGAAAGACAAUUACGUGAAUUAGAAAAAGAUCUUGCAUUAAGUAAAACAUAUAUACAACGUACAUUAGCACUUGCACAUGAUAGAAGUAAAAUGUUAUUAUAA